GGGGUCUGCAGCGCCGCCCUCCAGGCUGUGCUGCUGCUCGUGGUUCGUCCUGCUCAAGCCAGGGCCUUGUCCUCCUCCAGGAGAGCCGCUGGGCAGAGCCGCUGGGCAAAGCCGGAAAGCCCAGCACGGGGAACACGUCUCGCCACCCACCCACAGCCCGCAAAAGUGGUGGCGGGCAGGAGGCGAAAGUGCAUCUCGCCCAUGGCCAUGGCCGUGGCUGCGAGGCGAAGGUUGCGAAUGUCUUUGGCCUUCUCGGCCAUGGUGUUGACGGGCGACCGCCAUGAACGACCGCCAUGAACGACAUGCAUUCAGCCCAAAGUGAAACCAGGGCUUGGUUUUUGUCGUGGCUCCUUGGCGCGCCCCUGUACUCGUCCUCUGCCCUUCAUCUCCCGAACGCUCAUCCCCCGAACGCUCAUCUCCCCAACGCUCAUCUCCCGGCCAUGGCCGUCUCCGUCGGUCCGUCCACCUUCCUCUCGACGCCCUUCCUCGUCGGCGCCGUCUCGAUCCUGAUCUACUUCUCUGUCCUCGGCGCCGCCCUGCUGCUGUGUCUGCUGCCGGUGCUCUCGGCUCCGUCGUCGGCUCGCUCGUCCUCCGUGUGGAUCUAUCUCACCUCGGGUCUGGCCACCUUCGGCAUCACCUGGUUCUACAUCUUGCGCUGGAUCGGCAGCGAUCUCCAAGCUUACUGGAUCCAGGACCCCGUCCAAGGCUUCACCAACUGGGUCGUCCACUCCGAUCUCUUCGAUGCCGCCUAUGUCGCCGUCGUCAACAGCAGCGCCGGAUGGUGGUGGUCGUGCCAGCAUCUUCUGUACACCUUGACCGUCAUCGUCUUCUUCUGGGCAGAGGGUCCGCACCGCCUCGAUCCAGCAGCAGGCCCCAAGGCCAACACCAACACAUGGAUCUUUGUCGUCCUUGGAUUUCUCGGCGCAAUGGGCUUCAGCGUCCCGUUGUUCCUGGCCCAGCACCAUAUCUAUGCCCGUGGCUCACUUCCGGUCCUGGUGCAGCCACAGCCGUCGAUGCUGCUCUCGAUCUGCAUCGGCCUGUCGCUCCUGUCGGUGGUCUCCACGACCUACACCCCGCUCGACUCGCCGCUCUUUGGGUUCAACCUCAAGCUCCUCCACGGACUGCUGUUCUUGCCGAUUGUCAUCGCGGGCGGCCUCGGUAUCUUUGCGCCUCGUCGCAGCGAUCACAGCGAUCGCAGCCCCCCAGAAACUGCCCGCCACCGAUCCCACGACAGCGCCUCGCAGGGGUAUCUCUCGAACUUGUAUUGGCUCAUAGCCGGGGCUGCAAUCACGUCGCAUGCCAUGCUGACGCUCGACCACUUUUCGACUCGCAAGCUCGAUGCGCUUGGACUCUGGGCUGCCAUCUGGACGAACGACUGCCAGACGUCAAUCUCGGUCGACUACCUGGCUUCUCUCGUCGUGAUCACCUUCUUCAUGGCGCGCGAGAUCGUCCGCCAGUUGAGCCAGACGAGCCAGGCUUCAAAGCCUAAGCAACAGCAGGGUCUAUUCCUGACGACCGUCGCCGUCGGGCUGCUCUGGUCCGGGCUGGCCGCCUUGGCACUGGUCGCCUCGCUCUCGGUCGUCUUCCCCAUCUUUCUGGCUGUCCGCGAAGGCUGGAAGCUCUCAGCUGCUCAGCGGCACAAGACUGAAUAAAGCCAAUCGGGCUGCUGGACAGAAGCAAUCAAUCUUACUCGCCAUAACACCCGCUCGUGCGCCACAGGGGCCAACCCGAGCAGCGGCGUUCGCGAACAGUUGCUCCGCAUCUUCAACGGCCAUCG